AUGGUCACAGCGGGCAUGCUCGUUGGUCAGGUGCCUAAUGGCCUCAUCAUCCAGAAGGUGGCCCCGCGUAUCUGGCUCCCUUCCAUGGUGAUUUUAUGGGCCUUACUCACAGCAGUGAGUGCUGCCUGCAAAACAUUCACCCAGCUAUGCGUCGUGAGGUUCUUCCAGGGCAUGGCCGAGUCCAGCACAUACGCUGGGUGUGUGUAUGUCAUGGGGUCUUGGUACAAAUCGGACGAAAUAUCGAUGCGGACAGCCAUCUUGACCGUCUCUGGCCAGGUCGGCAACAUGUGUGCUGGAGCCCUGAUGGCUGCCAUCUACGCGUCUCUCGAUGGAAGGUUAGGUCUCGAGGGAUGGCAAUGGGUGUUCAUCAUUGACGGGAUCAUUACGUGCCCGAUUGCUUUCUUUGGCUUUGCCUUCUUUCCAGAUCUACCGGAGACGACAAAGGCGCCUUAUUUGAACAAGUUGGAGAAAGAUCUCGCUCUCAACCGACUCCCUGCCAAGAUGGAGGAUGGUCACAACAUUUCUCCUUGGAGCCUCACGAAGCGGGUGCUGGGAAAACCAACAUUCUAUAUUUGUUGCGGCUUUUCGGUCCUGGGUGCGGCUUUGCAAGCGUAUCAAGCUCAGGGCCUGAUGCUGCUCUACCUGAAAGCUCGCCAAAAUAUUGAUGGAUGGUCACAAGCCGAGAUCAACACCCUGCCCCUCGGAACCCAGGCCCUCGGCAUUGUCGUCGAGCUCCUCUGCGCGACGGUGAUUGACAGGUCAAGCAGGCGGCUUGCCACGGGCUUGGGCCUCUGUCUUGUUCAACUCGUCUGCAGUAUCAUUCUUUUUGUUCCCAACAUGACAGUCGCCGGCAAUCUGGCAGGCUUGUACAUUGCGGCUACGUCGAAUGGCAUCAACCCCUUGCUCUACGGGUGGUCUUCAAUCAUCGCCUCUAGAGGAGGCGACGAUGCAGCGCGGAGCACCAUUUUGGCCGGCAUGGUGGCCUUUGACAUGCUCUUGUACACAUUUUGGGGCAUCGUGCUCUAUCCCGCUGAUGACGCGCCGUAUUGGCGAAACGGUUACAUCGCCAUGGUAUGCGUGGUGGCAGCGCUUUCGGGAUGGCUGUUCCUAGUCCGAUGGCUGGACAACUUUACACUGGAAAAGGUAGUCGAGAGGCCGCACGGGCCGCAACUUGAAUUGCUGGAGGAUGAGGGCGCUGAAGAAAGACCUCGACGGAUAGAAUAG